CCACGCGCAAGGCGGUGCGGUGCCUGCAGCGGCGCCAAGCGACCAGGCAGCACGCGCCGGACGGCGUGCCGGCUUCCUACGGCCUGACGUGGCUGCAGCUCAGCGAGACGGUCGUGCGUGGGGACGAACAGCCGGAGGAGAACGGGGAGGGGCGCCGGUCGUGGGAGGAGCUGCAGCUCGAGCGUGUGGACGAGACGAAUCGGCGUGUUCUGCAGGUUGUUCGCGCGGCGCCGCCCAACAGCCUCAUCAUUGUUCUCGCGGCUGGCGCGCAGAGUCUUUCGUCGCUGCCGGCGUCCGGCCGGCCGCGCGGUGUCUGCUUUGCUUUCGUGAAGGACGACAAGGCGCCAGGGCCACCGACGGCGUGGCUCGAUGGCGAGGCCACAGCAUCAACAGCAACAACAGCGCAGGCAACAGCAAGGAGGGUUGACGGUGUGCCCGCGACACCACCGGUGUGUGAACCGCAAUAA